GGAAGCGGUUCCCAGCUGUCAAACAGGCUUGUAAAAGCUCACAUUUGUCCACUAAUUAUCUACACUACAAUAUCACUCAGAAUGGACUCUCCACGUUGGUUGCCACUGGAAUCAAAUCCAGAAGUCAUGACGACGUUUCUUAACCGUUUGGGGAUGAAACCUACAUGGCAGUUUGGAGAUGUUUAUGGUUUGGAUCCAGAGCUUCUUAGCAUGGUACCAAGACCAGUGUGCGCAGUGCUCCUCCUCUUCCCUAUUACAGAAAUGUAUGAGGCUUUCAAGCAAGAAGAGGAAGCAAGGCUGAAGACUGAGAAACAAGACAUCUCCCCUGAUGUCUACUUUAUUAAUCAAACUAUUGGAAAUGCAUGUGGAACAAUAGGAAUCAUUCAUGCUGUGGCUAACAACAUGAAACAUCUGGAGUUUGAGCCUGAUUCCCCUCUCAAGAAGUUUAUUGAGAAUACCUCUAAAAUGAACCCUGAGGAAAAGGCUGUGUUCCUUGAGAAGGAUGAGAGUAUUCGUGUUACACAUGAAUCGAGUGCUCAAGAAGGACAGACUGAGGCACCAAGCGCAGAUGAACGAGUCAACUUGCAUUUCAUAGCUUUUGUUAAUGUGGGAGGACAACUUUAUGAACUGGAUGGUCGUAAGCCUUUUCCUGUUGUACAUGGAAACACUACAGAGGAAACUUUCCUUGAGGAUGCAGUAGAUGUUUGUAAAAUCUUCAUGGCUCGAGACCCAGAUGAAGUUUGUUUCACCAUUAUCGCCCUAAGCAAAGAUUAAAGUGACUUUUUUAUUUUUUUAGAUGUGUGAAAUUAAAAAGGAAACUGCCAAACAUUCUCAAGUGCUCACUAGAUCAGCUCUUACCUCUCUUCAAAAAGAAACUGAACUGAAAGGGUUUAGUGCGAUACAAUACCCUUUUAAGACAAUAGUUGCUUUGGAUGCUUAUGGCCAAUGUUAGAUUCAAAACAAAUCAAAUACAUUUGAGGAUUGCUGUAUACAGGGUUACGUGUUCUAAUUCACUGUACUGGACUAACUUGUUUUGCUUCAUGAAAUGUUGCAUUUUGUUGGACCUUAAUGUCAGUCGUUUUUAAACCUAAAAACAAAUACACUUGUUGGCGACAGUAUUAUAACAAGAAUAAGAUGAUCAAAUGUCUCAUGAAGGAGUCAAAUUGACAAUUGGUUUAUGCACCUAUUCUUCAGGGAUGUGCCUACAUUUUGUAAUUCUGUCAAAUAAACUAGACUUUUAUUACA